UUCUUCCUCCCUCUGUGUCUGACAGGUGAUACCCUGAUCGUUGAAGAGGACACGUCCAAGCCCAAGACUGACUCGCCGGUAGUUGCCAAAAGAACAAUGUCCAGCUCAGUUAGGGAGGUCGCGCCCGUGCUGGCGAGGAGGGUUGUUCCUGCAGAUAACUCCUGUCUCUUCACCAGCGUGUACUACGUGGUGGAGGGGGGCGUUUACGACCCGGGUUGUGCUCCAGAGAUGCGCAGCCUUAUCGCCCAGAUAGUAGCGAGUGAUCCCGAGUCGUACUGUGAGGCAGUUCUAGGGAAAACAAACAGGGAGUAUUGUGACUGGAUCAGAAAAGAGGAGACUUGGGGAGGAGCCAUCGAAGUGUCCAUUUUAUCCAAGUUUUACCAGUGCGAAAUCUGUGUGGUGGACACGCAGACAGUCAGAAUCGACCGUUUUGGGGAGGACGCCGGUUACACCAAGCGGGUCCUUUUGAUCUACGAUGGGAUUCAUUACGAUCCGCUGGAACGCAAAAUCCCCGACUCGGACGUUCCUCCCCAGACCAUUUUCUCCACGACGGAUGAUAUUGUUCUUGCACAAGCGUUGGAGUUGGCCGACGAAGCCAGGAGGAAGAGGCAGUUUACUGAUGUGAAUCACUUCACGCUGAGGUGCAUGGUGUGCCAGAAGGGACUCACUGGACAAGUGGAAGCCAGGGAACACGCCAAGGAGACCGGACACACCAACUUCGGGGAAGUGUGACGCCUGCAUGAGGAUGGUUACAUCGACUACCUCACCGAUCCAGAAUGAAAUUCUGGAUUGCCAGAUAAGCUGUAUGUAAUCAUAAGAUUCCGUUCACAAAGCUUGAAAAGCUUUUUAACUUGACGAUGGCCGCGGUGCGCAGGUUUGUUCUGGUGACUUUUCCAAGGGAUUUGAAAUAGGUAUCUUCUCGCAUGCUGAUUAUAGUACGUUGGCAGGUGGUAUACGCUGGCAGCUAACACUUCAUUUCUGAAAUUCUCUU